AUGAUUGAAAGCUUGGAGAAUGUAUCAGAGCUGCUGCCAUCGAGCAUCCCGGUGCCCACCAGCGUGAUAACAGUGACGUCUUACGUCCUGUUCUAUCUGCAGCGUAUUAUCAUGGCAAUUCCAGGUGCGCACUACAUGGUGGAAUACAUCGCGAAGUCGCACCAGGAUGACCCAUACCGGACGAUGGUGGAGCUGGGGCUGAUUUUGUAUGGAAUAGUGUACUACCUGAACAAGCCGCGCAAGCAGGGCCAGGCGGAGCAAGCGCGCUUCACGGCGCGGGAGGAGGAGCAGCUUAUCGCGGAGUGGGAGCCAGAGCCUCUCGUGGACCCAGACUUUCGCGAGGGCUGGCGGCUAGCGAAGAUGCCGCAACGCCGUUCGGACGACAUGGGUAACCGAGUGACGGUCAUGCGCGACGACGGACGGGAGACGCACGCAGACGUGCUCGACAUGGCCUCGUACAACUGUCUGCGUCUGUCGCAGCAGGACGCUGUCGUGGCGCGGGUGGAGAAGACGAUCCGGAACUACGGUGUGGGCUCUUGCGGGCCCGCAGGGUUCUAUGGAAACCAAGAUCUGCACUACAACUUGGAAUACGAACUAGCCCGCUUCUUCGGCACGGAGAAUGCGGUUCUGUACGGUCAGGACUUCUGCGUUGCGUCAUCGGUAAUCCCAGCCUUCACGAAGCGUGGCGACGUGAUUGUCGCAGAUGACCAGGUCUCGGUGGCGCUGCAGAACGCACUGCAGCUCAGCCGUUCGACCGUGUACUACUUUAAACACAACGACAUGAAGUCCCUCGAAGAGUUGCUAACGAAACUGGACGAACGCGACCGUGCAGAGCACCUGCCUGCGCUGCCACGUAAGUUCAUUGUAACGGAGGGCCUGUUCCAGAACUCUGGCGACAUCGCCCCGCUACCUGAACUCGUCAAGCUCAAGGGUGCCUUCCACUACCGUCUAGUCGUCGACGAGACGAACUCACUCGGCGUACUCGGUAACACCGGUCGUGGCCUCUCGGAGCACUUCAAUGUCCAGAGAUGCUCGUCCAUCGAUAUCACCAUCGGCUCUAUGGCAACCGCACUAGGCUCCUCUGGGGGUUUUGUUCUCGGCGACAACGUCAUGUCCAGGCAUCAGCGCAUCGGCUCGAACGCCUACUGUUUCUCUGCCUCGCUCCCUCCCUAUACCUGUGCCGGCGCCCUUGCCAUGCUACAGACAAUGGAUGCCGACAACAGCGCCGUCCAGAACCUGCGCACCCUGGCCAAGGCCUUCCACGCCUCCUUUACCUCAGAUCUAGAGCUCGCCGAAUACAUUCUAGUCACUUCAAACGAGAAUUCCAGCGUCCUUCACCUUCAGUUGGCCCCCGCCUUCCGCAUGCGCCUCUUCGGGUCCUCGGCCGAGUCCAUCUAUGACGAGCUGGUCCAGCUUCGUGCGCGCCACGCCACCAGCCUCUACGUCGACUCCUGGGAGCAAGAAGAGCGCUUUUUGCAGCGUAUCGUCGACCGGGUGCUGAAAGACGGUGUUCUGAUCACCCGCAACACUGUCGUGCUCAAGCACGAGAGCCUGCCUAUUGUUCCCAGCCUCAAGGCCUACUGCCAUGCAGCCAUGUCUUGUUCCGAGCUCGAGCGCGCCCACGAAGUGAUCAAAGCUGCCAUAAUCGCCUGCUGUGCACAGCCGUCUCUCUGA